AUGUCGUCCAACCUCCGACGACAAAUCUCAUCUGCAGUAAACCGGCUCAAAAACAACCUUCAUGAAGCGGCACAACUGCCGAAGUAUGCGGAGAUCGCAGACUUCCCUCGCGAAGACCUCGAAGAACUCACCGAGGAUUUGGCUAAUGUGCACGUCUCCUUGUGCAACGAUUACGAGCGCAUCCAGUCCAACCACAAGAAAUGGUCAAAGCUCAUCGAUGCGCAUCCGGAAGAAGCGUCAACUCAAUCGAUCUACAUCCAAGAUAAAGGCAACUACCUCGACCAAGCUGAACAAGUCAGACCUAUUUUGACCAACAUAGCUGACUUGUUGACCAAAACUCGCCAGCUCUACGAGUCAAAGUUCCCAGACUACGAAUACGACUGGCCAGAAAUACUCGGGCCGAAGACAGAAAGCAUUUCUUCUUCUUCUCGUUUUCCAACACCAACACCAACGAACGUUGUGCAAACUCCAGUCGCAGUUCCUCACUCAACUGCCCAGCAGCCGGCGCCUCCGUUGCCGCCGUCGCCGCACUCUCUUCCGCAGCCACCGCCACCGCCGCCGUCGCUGCCUCAUUUUCUGCAGCCACCGCCACCGCCGCCGUCGCUGCCUCAUCUUCUGCAGCCACCGCCACCGCCGCCGUCGCUGCCUCAUUUUCCGCAGCCACCGCCACUGCCGCCGUCGCUGCCUCAUCUUCCGCAGUCACCGCCACCGCCGCCGUCGCCGCUUCCGCCCUCGCAGCCACCGACGCUGCCUCAUCUCUGGCCGCAACCUUCACAGCCAUCAUCACUGCCGCUGACGUUGCAGCCGCAGCUGCAACAGACGAUGCCUUCAGUCGUCACGGCACCUCAGUACGUUCACCCUUCAUUUGGUUACGUACCUGUUGGAUCGAUCACGAUGCCAACCGCUCCACUGCAACCGAUGCAGUACGCUCCGCCGUCACCACGCAACAACGUCUUGUUGCCUCAAAUCAAACUUCCAACUUUUGAUGGAGAUGUUCUUCUCUACCACGAAUUUCGCGAACGAUUCGAAUCUCUCAUUGGACGGCAACAAUAUGACGCCAACAUCAAAUUCCAUUACCUCAAAUGCUGUCUGCAAGGCUCAGCAGAAGAGCUGUUGCGAGGCAUCCAAACUACGGAUGCCAACUACACGAUCGCGCUUGAGCUCCUCGAUCAGACCUACGGUGGGGAACUCCGCACCAGACAAGCGCUCAUCGCCGAGUUUCAAAUGCUACCAAGCAUCAAAAACUCAAGGAGUCCACGAGAACUGCAAUCUUUUUGGCAAAAGCUUGCGGCGCUCGUACGUCAACUUCAAGUGAAUGGAGACGACUGCAACAACUCCAUGACAGUCGCAUUCAUCGAGACGAAGCUUCCUCGACAUGUUCUCUCACGGCUGUACCACGCAAAAGCACAUCGACGAUCGAUGUCUACGACGGAUUUGCUUCAAGAGCUUUACUUGAUUGCACAAGAAGAGCUCCAAAUCGAUCUGAUCUUCAACAACGUUGGCUUCCAACGUGAGCACGAACGAGAUCACCGAUUCACCACAACGAUGACCACCAACGCCAUGAACCGUCAUCAAGGUCCGCCUCCGCAGCGGCAGUCAACCGCAACUUCAUACCCGGUGAAUCGAGAGCAAUCUCACAAAUUGCCACAACAAAUCGACAGCCGGACGACCAUCAAACCGCCAAAAGGUCCUUGCCCUCUUUGCAACGUCCGCGACGCGCAUUGGAUGAAAGACUGUCCUUCCAACCCUACCGUCUCGGACAGACGAGCUGCCGCAACUCGUCGUCGAUUGUGUUUUCGGUGCCUGAAGCAAGGUCAUAUGACCAAGGACUGCCAAUCGGAGAGGCUGUGCCGGUCUUGCCAAGGCUCACAUCAUUCUCUACUUUGCCCGCGAUCGAAACCCAACAGGAGCCAGUCCGACUCGAGCUCUCGCCCGUCGUUUGAUCAGAAUCGCAUUGAUCGAAGACCAGAACGACGUCCACAUCGUACACACGUCCACUUCAACCUUGCCAGUGAUGUCAGCGACGAAGAAAGCCUUGCUGAGGUCGUUCAUUUUCCUGACGAUAGCGACGCUCUUGCUGAGGUCGCUCACUUUCCUGACGAUAGCGACGCUCCAGUGUUCACUCUGUCGACCAACGAAGUAUCGGCACCAGUUUCUGAAGUUGUGAGCAACGUCGAGAAGAAGCUCAGCGAGAAAUCGUCUAAUUCUGUCCUCAUGAUGAGCAAAAAGGUCCGAGUCCUUGACGUUCAUGGAAAAUCUCACAGCUCGAUGCUCUUCGUCGACAGCGGCUCCAACAGAAGCUUCAUCUCUCAGAAGCUCGCCGCAAAGCUGCGAAUUGAACCCAUCGAUACCGUCACUCUGAACCUUCAAACGUUCGCCAACGAAAAGAAGACUUUGACGACUCGACGAUACAACCUCUCCAUCUGUCUUGGCUCAGAGACAGUUCAAGUUCCAGUCACCGAGAUCGACAACAUCGCAACGUUGAUUGUGACUGCGGACAUCAACACCGAGCUCCACCAAGAUCCGUUCGACAUUCGAGAGUUCGAGUUUCUCGACUCCGUUGGCAGAAAAGUCAUCGAUCCAGACAUCCUGAUUGGUCUCGACACCAUGGCUCAAGUCUUGGGCUCCAAAACUACCACCAUGACUCUGCAAAAUGGUCUCACUCUACAUCAAACUAAGAUUGGACCAAUCAUCUCUGGAACAGAGACAGCCGUUCAUGUCUCGCAGACUGCUGAACGCAUCGACCGAGAUGGGCUGCUGAAUCACGAUCUGCAAGCCGAAUAUCAGGAGUUGAAAGACUCUCUCGAGAAGUUCUGGAGCUUGGAGUCAAUUGGCGUGC